GGUUUAUACACUACCCUCCAUGGUGUAGUGGCCCGAACUGUUGCCCUACCUCACACCACCAGGAGGCAACGCUGUAAUUCCUCGACGUCACCGAGAGGGGGCGCGCCUCCACCGGGGGAGUGAGUGCGCGUUGACAUCAGAGGUGAAACGUGCGCCCGUUGAACUGUUGCGUGCGUGUUGCUGUCCGUGCCACGACUCGCCGUCCCUUGUCCAUCUUGUGCAGCAGGCAGAAGCGGUCCUCUGCGCUAUCGUGUCUCUCUCUCUCUCUCUCUCCUUAAAAACAGAAAGGCCUCCAAUCACGUUCAGUCUCGCCUCGCCUCGUCUCGUCUCCACUCCGGCGAGGCUGCGAGGCGCUGCGCCUGCCUGCACACCGAGCAGGCUGAGAUCUCGCGAGAGUUCCGGCGCUCGCGGUGGCUGGCCGUGGCUUUGCAGCAGACAGAGGGAGAAGGCAGGCAGGCAGCAUCAUGGCGGACAGAGACAGUGGAAGUGAGCAGGGAGGAGCAGCCCCGGGCCCAGGCUUCGGUCCCAUGCACCUGGCGACGGGAGGGGCGGGCUCGGCUUCCGGCCUCCAGCACGAGACGCAGGAGCUGGCGUCGAAGCGGGUUGACAUCCAGAACAAGCGCUUCUAUUUGGACGUCAAGCAGAACGCGAAGGGCCGCUUCUUGAAGAUAGCAGAAGUCGGGGCCGGUGGAAACAAGAGCCGCCUCACUCUGUCCAUGUCCGUGGCGGUCGAGUUCCGCGACUACUUGGGGGACUUCAUCGAACACUACGCCCAGCUGGGCCCCAGCAACCCGGGGCUGGUGCAGGACGAGCCCCGGCGCGCGCUCAAGAGCGAGUUCUUGGUCCGGGAGAAUCGGAAAUACUACAUGGAUCUGAAGGAGAACCAGCGGGGACGGUUCCUGAGGAUCCGGCAGACGGUCAACCGGGGGCCCGGGUUGGGGUCCACGCAGGGCCAGACGAUCGCCCUGCCCGCCCAGGGACUUAUCGAGUUUCGCGACGCUUUGGCUAAACUUAUUGACGAUUACGGGGUGGAGGACGAGCCGGCGGAGUUGCCCGAGGGGUCGUCAUUGACUGUGGACAACAAGCGCUUCUUCUUCGACGUCGGCUCCAACAAGUACGGGGUGUUCAUGCGGGUAAGCGAGGUGAAGCCGACGUACCGCAACUCGAUCACGGUGCCCUACAAAGUCUGGUCCAGAUUCGGGAACACGUUCAGUAAAUAUGCGGAGGAGAUGAAGAAGAUCCAGGAGAAGCAGCGGGAGAAGAGGGCAUGCGAGCUGCAGCAGCAGGAGGAGAUGCAGGCGGACGACGGGGACGAGGAUUGAUGUAGAGGGAGCCAACGAAGAAGAAGGAGAAGGAGAAGAAGAAGAGGAAAGAAAGAAGGAUGCAAGAGUAAUGAAAAUAACAAGAGAAAUAUAAUUAAGAACUCUACUGUAUAAAGAAAGAAAUCUAAAGAUUUAACUGUUAAUGGUUUAACUCCACGGGAGCAUCACCCACAAUAUUAGAAACCUCCACAACCUGACAGUUAUGACAUGUUGUCACUCAUCGCUGGAUGUUACCCCACUUAUCCACCAUUAAUACAGUUAACAGGCUGCUAAACAAAGUAAUAACAUUAUAUUUGAACAUUGUUUCCUACUCGACAGACCACAUUGAACUGAGUGUUUAUUUCCCUUAUUAACAGAAAAAAAAACUUUUGUACCAGUUAAAGCUAUUGUAAAAAAAAAGGAAAAAAAAGAAGAGAAGAAGAGGCGUUUGCAAUGUUCAAAUGGAAUUAUUGCCGAGUUCCGAUGGAAGACAAAAGAGUUUCCUUUCUCGUGUGAGCUAAUGACUUCAGCACAAAAUCAGAGAUUUUAAUUUUUACAAACCAAAAUUCGAAGAAGAAAAAUAACCGAGAAAUCUUUGUAAAAGGUUGUCACACGUACUUUGCCAUCCUAUUUACCUUUUACCUGUGAGUAGAGAUGUGUUUACACACGAAUCCCAUGAGGGCUAGGCCUGCUUCGGAAACUGGUUAGAUGUCAUGCAGUUAUAAAAAGGAAUACGUAGGCAUUUUCAUGAAAUGAAACAAGUGCUCUAUUUGUCGUGCAAUAUGGAUUGCAUCAAAAAUUAUAUAUAUAUAUAUAUAUAUAUAUAUAUUGAGCUGGCCAAUGGAUCUCGACAUGAUGACAUUUGCCAGAGGCAUUCAAAGAAAUAUUAAUAUUGUAACUUUUGUUUCAGUUGAAAUUGUUGCCAUGCAGAUGGAUAUAUUAUAGAAUACCUUUGUGUCUCGUUGUUAAUGCAAUGUGUUCAUUUUAAAGGUACUAAAUGUGUAUUUGACAGAGGGAAGUGCAGUGACGACAUGUAGCAAACGGCCCGAGUCGCAGAUAACAAGACGAAAAUACCACUCGUUGAUUGGUUUUCUUGGUCUGAGGAAAAACCAGAGGCGGAAAUUCCGCAGCGUGACGUUUCUUCGGUUUGCCGAAACCAGUCCAGUCAUAAAAGUCUAAAUCGUGCCACGGAGUGCUGUCGCUGCAUGUUAAUCUGCACUGAGAUAGAUUUCGUUGGUCUCCCAAAAUAUUGGCUCAAGGACCCUCCUAAAUGUAUCUUUAUCUGCCUAUAUUGUACGAAUCUCAAGUUUGAGUGCGGAGUGAUUCCAUCCAAAGGCUCGUUGUGGUCGUAAGUGGUAGUCGUCUCAAGGCGCGAUUGUAGCAGGAGCGAUCUCGCCGACUGUAAUUUACAAUACCACCAUCACAUUUUGAGGGACGUUGAAGGGCACGUCUGGAUGAGCCAUCGUGAAGAGGGUCCAACUCGCCUGUUGGUAAACCUCCGGUCGCGUGUCGACGGAUGUGCCCGACCCCGGCGAGUUUAUAAUCCGGGGGGUGUGAAGCUCAGUGGGGCUCCUUUGGGUACAUGCUCAUAGCUCUCCUUUUGGAUUUGUAAGCCCCAAGUAUCUACCUGGGGGUGAUGAGAUUCUGUUUUGGUCUAAUUGUAAAUAUUUGGGCUGCCACACGGAAAACAACUGGUUGUGAACCAGUUCAGUCGCAUCUCAUAGAUGUGUGAUAGCAGUUUUAUAAACUCUGUCAGUAAACUCCAGAGAAACUGGCAACAAUCAGAUAAUGUCAGAUUUACCUCAGCAUUGAAUUAAAUGACUGCUCCCGUGUUUAGAUUGACUGGAAACCAGCAAACUAGACUGUCCUUGACCACCUAUUUUUGGAGCCUCUGGUUAUAGCCGAAAAGAAACCCGAUUGGGAGCAUCCUCUUCAGCAUACAAACAACCUGGUGCCUUACACACUCCGCAUGCUUACACGCUGGCCUGGUGCUUUGGAUCGCAGUUUGGCUUCUUUUUGUCAUCGUUUCCUCUUUCUUCCAUUUUUCUUCUUCUCUCCUCUCAGCCCCCUUGUGUGCUAGCGCACGACUCGUGGUGCUAUAAGGGUCUGUCACGAACCCUUUAAGAAAAAACAGGAGCAGAAUUCUUAACUUUUUUCUGCUGCCUUCCUUCUUCCCCAAUGUCAUCGCCAUCCCCAUUUCCCAGCCAUCCAGGUAUCGGCCGACAUGUAAACAUGGAAGGGGUUGGUCACCAAGAUGCAAGAUGAUGCAGAAGAGUUGGCUCUUGAAUAGCCGAGCGCAUUCGCAGGGAGAGCAGGGGCUGAUGCGAACGGGGCUUGGAGCGGUCGUUCUUGGCGAGCCCCUCCCCUCCCACGAAGUGCUCGCUAUCCCGCGUGGGUAGUUAUGUGUAAGUUGUACGUUGCUCAAUUAAUGGGGAGUAGCAAGCAUGUCUUGUUUUGUUUUUGUUUUGUUUUUUUUAAAUGUAGUUUUACCUUUUCAGCAUUAUUCCACAUUAUUUGUAAAUUUGGAAUGUUUUUGCCCACAAAAAAAAAAAAUCUAUUUUUUUUUCUGUGCAACAUUUCAUCACUGUGUGCAAUAUCGUAUGUGCCAAUGGUGGCAAUAUAUGUAUAUCAAUUAAAUAUAUGAUUACUAUUUGAAAGCAUGUGGCUGAAUUCCAUGUUUAUUUCACAUGAAGGAGUUGUAUGCCUUUAUUUGCACUCAGAGCUCCAUCCUGGAGGAAAAGACAGUAAACCAAGGUCUUAGCAGCCUGUGGGGUCGAGCAGUUCACAUAAGUACUUUAACUUGAAAUAGAACAAUGUCACUUGCAAGUAUGCCUCUCCCUAGGAAAAGGGUCGACUUGGCCUAUUGUUGGAGGAAGACUUUAAACACAAUGAAGUUUAUGUGAAAAAGGAAAACUUAAGACAUUUUAGCUCAAAGCUAAGAAAAGGUGCUUCAGUCCAAUUCCUCAUUAAGGUGUCUGGUGAACUGUCUUCAGUGGUUGUUGUGUGUAGCACUUUGCUUUCCCAGGUUGAUGAAACGCCUGACCAAUACUUGUUUAAAAUGAUCUCAACAAAGAAUGUCUCUCUCUCUCUCUCUCUCUCUCUCUCUCUCUCUCUUAUGUUGCCUCUUUGUAAAAGAGCGUAUAUUUGAUUUUCUCAUUUGGUUUUUGAUGCAUCAAAUAUAAUUUAUGUAGAUUUGACAAAUUUUAAAAUAAAUUUAAUUUGACCCAUAAGGGAAAAAUCUACAUUCAAAAUGUAUGUGUUUUUCAUGCUUCAUUUCUUGUUGGAAAGAAGACGAAAAAAACAACACUUCCCAAAAUGUCAACAAUUCAUGGAUGAGUAUGUUCAUUUUUUUUUUUUCGUAGUGUCUAAAAUGUCUGACUCUACAUUUGCAAUGAAACUAAUUACAAAAGCUUAAUUUUACAGCCUUUAAAAUGCAAAAGCUGCAAUGACAAGUACCUGAUGAUUCAUGUCUUAAUGAUUUUUACAUUAGUACUGUAUGUGUAAUACCAGGCUGUAAAAUAAAGCAUUACUUUGAUCUCUAA